CGCUACUCCAUGUUGGAUGGUUGUAGUUUGAGUUUCUGUGUUGUGUAAAUAGAGCUGUAUUUUUGUGUUGAGCAAACUCACACACGUAUACACUACUCACGUGAAAAAUGAAAUUAAAACGGUUUCUGUUGCGGUAUUAUCCACCAGGUAUUAUACUUGAAUAUGAACAAGGAGGAACAGUGAAAACUAAAUCAAUAGAUCUACUAGACCUGAAACCAGAGACUGACGUAGAUAGUGUUGUAGAUGAAAUAACCAGAAAAGAACCAUUGAUAACGACUUCAAAAACUGAUCAAGUUCGAAAACUAAUAGUCCGUUUACAAGAAAAACUCUGUCAUGUCGAAGAUCGAUAUUUUUAUUUAUUCAAAGUGUUGCGAGCCCAUAUACUUCCAUUAACAAAUGUGGCAUUCAACAAAUCAGGAUCAAGCUUUAUUACUGGAAGUUAUGAUCGUACAUGUAAGGUGUGGGAUACAGCAUCUGGGGAAGAAUUACAUACCCUUGAAGGUCACAGAAAUGUUGUUUAUGCUAUUGCUUUUAAUAAUCCUUUUGGUGAUAAAAUUGCCACAGGAUCAUUUGAUAAAACAUGUAAAUUAUGGAGUGCUGAAACGGGAAAAUGUUACCACACAUAUCGUGGUCAUACAGCAGAAAUAGUGUGCCUUUCUUUUAAUCCCCAGAGUUCUGUUAUAGCUACAGGUAGUAUGGAUACUACAGCUAAAUUAUGGGAUGUACAAACAGGAACAGAACUAAACACUUUAAGUGGUCAUUCUGCAGAAAUCAUAUCGUUAUCUUUUAAUUCAACUGGUGCUUUACUCAUAACUGGAUCAUUCGAUCAUACUGUUGCAGUGUGGGAUACUAGAUCUGGAGAAAAAGUUCACACUUUAAUUGGCCAUAAAGCAGAAAUAAGCAGUGCUCAGUUUAACUGGGAUUGUUCCCUUAUAGCCACCGGUUCUAUGGAUAAAACCUGUAAAAUAUGGGACACAGAAUCUGGUAGAUGUAUUGGAACUUUAAGAGGACAUGAAGAUGAAGUUUUAGACGUAGCAUUUGAUUAUACUGGACAACAUUUAUUAACAGCAUCAGCUGAUGGUACAGCUAGAUGUUAUAAUUCAGUCACACAUAAUAUUAUAUCAAAAUUUGUCGGACAUGAAGGAGAAAUAUCAAAGAUUUGUUUUAACCCACAAGGUACAAAAGUCUUAACUGCAAGUUCUGAUAAAACGGCUAGAAUCUGGGAUCCUGAAACCGGUGAAUGUAAACAAGUAUUUGAAGGUCAUUCAGAUGAAAUAUUUAGCUGUACAUUUAAUUAUGAAGGGAACACUAUAAUAACGGGAAGUAAAGACAAUACAUGUAGAAUAUGGAGAUGAUAUCAAGGGUAGAUAACUUGUGCAAUCUUGUCAUCAACUGGUAGUCAUCUAUAUGUAACAUUCAUAUCUAUUUCAGAUAUUCAAUAUGGUGUUGAUCUACAGAAAAUAUACUGUCAAAAUAUUCUAUCAUAGACUGUAGUUUAACUGUCUCAUAAAACUACAGAUAUGAUUCAAUGAUAAAUAUUCUAUCAAGCCUUUCAUAUAUUCAACAUGAAAACCACAUGCAAGUGUUGAUCUGCAAAACAUAUACUGUUAAAAUAUUCUGUCAUAUUUUUCUUAGUGUAGAAGCUAUAUUCUUCUUCAUCUUUCCCACUAAAACUCAAAUUCUGGAUAAUUUAAAAAGCAUAAGUUUGGUUUAAAAAAGUUUUCAAGAGUUUAAAAUAUGAUGCUUUAACUGAAUAAACAAAAACAAAAAUAUAAAAAAAACCUAUUAAAAACAAGUUAUUUCAACCAUUUUCUCUUUAUGCAUAGAUUGGUUGGAUUAAUGUUUAAAAAUUAAAGAAAAGAUAUUAUGAAUAUCUGUUAUGGCAAAAUUUUGUGGGACAAUUGAAAAAGACUAGCGUUAUUUACUUGUUUGAAUUUAUUCCAAUGCCACAUCAACGCGACGAUACUAGUAAUACAUAUGACCAUUUAUUUAUAUUUAUUUAUUCAGCUGAAAGUAAUAAAUAACCGUCCACUUGUUAGUCUAUGGUUUGUGACACCAACCCCCGUUUUUGGGGUGCAAGUAUUCCGUCCACAGUUCAGUAUAUAUAUUUUUUCAGCAUUAUUUGUUCUGUUAUUGCCAUUUUCUGGCACUUUGCCCUUAUUAAGUUGCAUUCUAAUAACAUAAACAAGGGCAACCAAUGUUUCCAGUCAGAUAUAUUUAUACAUGAUUUUGUGAAGUAUUUUGAUCAAAUUGAUUGAUAUGGCCAGUUUUAUCAUUUCAAUAAAUCAAGCUUUACAACACCAUGUAAUUGUAUUAAGUAUUAUUUGUCAUGCAUGUUUUCUUGUUUAGAGCAUUGUGAUUCUAGAUUUCAUAGUAUUAUAUAUAAACAGCAUUUUAGAUCAGCAUUCCAUCGAUAUAUUUUAUUAUUAGCUUAGUGCAUACAUUCCAAUCUAAUUAAAACACAGAUCCUAGAUCAAAUUUUGUUUUAUUAGUUUUCUCUUUGAUAUAAGACUCAAGCCUCGUGGGUUUUCUCCGGGUCCUCCGGUUUCCUCCUACUGCUAAAGACCCCUACGCGCAAGCGAAUUAUUGAAAUAAAAUUAAACCAUAUGUUAGUCCCGAAAUGACCUAGUUUGUGUCGAGUGGACGUUAAACUCCAUUUCUCUCUCUCUCUCUCUUUGAUAUAAGACAUUGAUAUCACAAAUGGUCUGUUUGGGCAAGAUUUGCUCUGAAUUAUGGGAGACACCUGUAAGGCAUUAGAGAGCAAAACAAAAUGUUAAAUAUAAAUAAUUUAGAUUAUUUAAAAUUCACAUAUGUGACCUCUAACUGGAAUGAAUACUCUUGCAAACGGUUAGAUCCGCAUGGAGUUGAGGCAAUUGGUUGUAGGAAAAAAAUGAAACAGAAUUAUCUGUAGAUUUGUAUUUUAAUCAGAUUGUAUACAUUCCAAAGUUUAUAAAUUUUGUUCAGUAUUGUAAUAUAUCGUCGGUGAAGUGUCAAAAGGGUGUAUCUAAGAAUUUCUAAAGAUUAAGAAAUAGAACCUUUUGCAUUUCAAAAUUUCCACAAAUCAAGAUACACAUGAUACCCAGAACAGUUCUAAUUGGCGCAGAGAUGCACAGCUUAGACAGAGGGAUACACCCUUUUGACACUUCACCGACGAUAUAGUAUUUAUCAGAAUGUGUUCAAUUGGGUUUACUCAGCAUACAAACUAUUUCUUAGAAAGAAUAAUUUAUUAUAUUAAAGAUAUGUUAAAUCGAGGAUAAUUGGACCAGGAAAAAUCAAAUUAUGGGCUCAAAUUGUCUUAUAAUAAGCCUGCAGUUGAUUAAACAAUUUGAUUAUUACUAGAGUGUCAGCCAUUUAGUCUAAUGUUGCUAUCCUGCGGAUGCAUCUAUAGUAAAAAUUUAUAGAUUGUCAAAAAAAUGUCAUUGAAAUAUCUUUUAAUAAAAGAUAUGUUUUUGGUAACAGAUAUAUUUUUCCUGGUAGUUUAUGUGUUUACCUUUAUAAGUAUUAGAUGUAAGAAAUGCAGUCAACAGUUUUCUACCAAAUAUAUAAUUAUUAAUUUGUGCUUUAUUUGUAUUCAAUUUUAGAGAACAUAUAUUUACUUUAUCACUCCUUGCCUUGCACCAUGUAAAGUGUUCAGAAUAGAAAAUUGUAUUUAUAUUUUUAGAAUAUAUUAACCAUGUGUACUAUUGAUUUCUUUCAGUUUAUUAUUACAUCUUCGUUUAAAUAAUCAUUAUGAUGAAUACAUAAUAAGCAUACUCCAUUAGUUUUAAAUUAUUCUAAAUUCGUCCAUUGCCUAAAAUUUUAUAGAGAAAUAUUUUCUUUUUUUGCAUUGAUUACAAUUUAAAAAAACAUAAAUUUGUUGUUAUAUGUGCUUUUUCGUUGUUAUGAUUUUAAAGUUUAUUAUGGUUUUGCCUGUGAAAAUGAACUAUUUGAUAUAAAAUAAUUUAUUUUAUUUAUUACUUGAUUUGCAUGAAGAUAUUAGUACACUGUAAUAAAUACGACACCAGAUUUGUCAUCUAAUUAAAAUGUGUGUAGUUGUUGCUGAAUUCAAGUGAAAUAAAAUAUCGAGAAGGCGAUAUGCA